GUCAGUCCGUUGGAGGCGACACCUGAGGGUGGCUCCUCCAGCCCCGGGGAGCGGCUGUCCCCAGAGCCCUCGGCACCCUGACCGGUCCGCCCGUCCCCGCGGGCUCGCACUGAGUAAGGGACGCACGCAGUGGGGUCUCCCCGGCCCCGACGUCUCCCUCUCCGAGAGGGGCAGCCCCUUUUUGGAGCGAGUGGGGGGUGCCCAGAGUCUCGAGGACUUUAAAAAAAAAUAAUAAAAAAGUUGGGGCUCGACCCGACAAGGAAGGGGUGCGAUGGCUUCCUCGUCUGGCAACGACGAUGAUCUCACUAUCCCCCGCGCUGCUAUAAAUAAGAUGAUCAAAGAGACUCUCCCCAACGUCCGGGUGGCCAACGACGCCCGAGAGCUGGUGGUGAACUGCUGCACGGAGUUCAUUCACCUCAUAUCUUCGGAAGCCAAUGAGAUCUGCAACAAGUCGGAAAAGAAGACGAUUUCGCCGGAGCACGUCAUACAGGCACUAGAAAGUUUGGGCUUUGGCUCUUACAUCAGUGAAGUAAAAGAAGUCUUACAAGAAUGCAAGACAGUAGCACUAAAAAGAAGAAAGGCCAGUUCUCGUUUGGAAAACCUUGGCAUUCCUGAAGAAGAAUUGUUGAGACAGCAACAGGAAUUAUUUGCAAAAGCUAGACAGCAGCAAGCAGAAUUGGCCCAACAGGAGUGGCUUCAAAUGCAGCAGGCCGCCCAACAAGCCCAGCUUGCUGCAGCCUCAGCCAGUGCCUCCAACCAGGCAGGGUCUUCUCAAGAUGAAGAAGAUGAUGAUGAUAUCUGAAAUUCACCAUCUCAACUUUUGUUUCCUCUAUAAGAAAACAGUGAAAGAAAUGCUAUCUGUAAUUGUGUGUGCAUCUUGGUGGACUUACCAUUGGUAUUCUGCUAUACUUGUACAACUGUCUCUUUGAACUGUUGAAAAUUUAAAGUUCAGUAUAAGAUCAGCUUUGAAUAUGUAAUGGUGUUUUUGGAAUCUAAGAGCAGUGUGAACCCUUUAUUUGGUCAAUAAACAGUAUUACAGAAAGCGUCAGGUUUAUAAAAAUACAGUGACAUUUACACAGAUCUCUUCAUCUGUAUUUGCGUCUUCUCUGUCCCUUUAGCUGAACUAAAACUGAGAAUUUUAUAUUGAGAUGAGGCAUGGUGUGAGGCAGAAUACAUUGAGUCAGGUUGGCGAAAAAGUUCAGUUCCAUGUAGUACCUAAAUGUUUUUGUCUUUUAAACUGAGUGUAUAUACAGGCAACAGUUAUAUAUGCUCAAAGAAAUAUACUUGCUAAGAGAAAAACUCAAGACAUUCAAAAACUAGGAAGGAAAUAUGUUCACUAGUAGUUGUAUAAAUUUGAUGAGUUAUGUUUUUGAUUUUGUUACUGUUUUAUGUAGCAGUAAAAACUAGUUUUAUUAUAGUAUAAUUUAUCCUGAACUAUACUAUGCCAUUUCAGAGACUGGCUAAUCUUGAAGAUUGUCAUGAUUCUUACUAUUUCACUCCAGUUCAGUAAUUGUUCAUAGUAUUACUUGCUUCGUUCAUUCAUGUUUAUGUCAUUGAGUAUAUAGGUAGGACUUGUGAAACAGUUGCUUGGGUUCCGUUGGUUUAACUGAGGCUCAUGGAUAUUCAGACCUUUGCUAGGGGAAAUAAAUGAAAGCUAAUGAGUGUGUUUGCUAUGAAAGAGGGCUUUAAAAAUAUUAUUUAACAUGUAGUUUACUUAUUGUUUGGUUUUAGCAUAGCAUUUACAUUUUCUUGACUAGGUAGCCUAAAGAGCCCAGUGCUAACUUUUGAUAUGACAUCAUUGUCCCCAUCAUCAUAAUUGAGUGAUAGCUUUAAAAUUUUUGUGUUUGAUUAAAAAGUGUCAUAACUGACCAGCCCUAUAUGAAGUGUUAACUUGCUUUGUUAAAAGUGAGCAGCUUUCCUUUGGCUUCAGUGACUAAAGUGUGGUAGUGUUUUGUGAGAGGGACCCAGUGGAUCUGUAGAAAUGGUGUAAAUGCCACCUAAGGUAACAGGAAGUCACUGUGUUUCUAUGUCAGUUGCCAAGUCAUUUAAACUUCUGUAUUCACCAAGCCCCAGAAGAGAUUCUAGAUGCCAGGAUUUUAAUUUUAUUUGGAGAGCUAAGUAAAGUUUAUAAGUAUUAGAUUUCUUAAUAUUCAUAUUUUGCAGUUUUAGAAAAAGGGAAAUAUUGUUAUGCAUUAAUCAGAUAGAUAUUCUUCCCCAGUAUAACAGAAAAGGUAGUAAAAAGGAUAGUAAUUUUUCUGAAUGCUUUACAUUGAUUAUUUCAAGUUAUUUCAUGGAUAUGCCCAUGAAGUGUUUGGAAAAAUAGAAGGAAUUUUUCUUUUUUUAAAGGUUAAGUACCAAAGGUAGGUAGGUAGUUUAGUCUACAAAAAUAAGUUAGUCACUGUUGGCUUUUCUAAUUUGUACUGUAACAUUCUUUUACAUUGUUUUAAGUGUAUGUUUCUCAAGUAAACAAUUUAGAUAUUUUUCCAUACCUUUUUCUUUCUGAUGCAGACUUCAGGUUAAUUAAUAUUUUACUGCAUCUGGUAAUGUAUUCUAUGUUUGAAGCCUAGUGACUUUUCAUUUUGAUGUUCUUGUGAUUUCAUAUGCUGUAUUCUCCAAGCAAUAAAAUUCUGAUGUGUUUUAUAAA